AUGGCACAGCUCAUUGCUGAGUGCAAGAAGAGGAAUCUCCCUUCGGGUGGCAGCAAGAGUGAGGUGGUAAAACGAUUGACAGUAGCGAUUGAAACAUCCAAGAACCUUAAAAGCAGUGAAAAGGAAGAAGAGAAAAAGCAGGAAAGCGCAAAACCUGAAGAGAGUGAGAGCGAUGAUGAUAUUGGUCCCAUGCCUGUACCGAAAACGAGUCAAAACGACCAAAAGUCAAAUGAAACCUCGGAGAUGAAGGAUGGUAAUGAAGAGGACAGUGACAGCGAUAUCGGUCCCAUGCCUACCAGUGUAAAGCGCGAUAGUCCCACUAAAUCACCUCAAAAUGAGAAGAAUGAUGAUGAUGAUGAUGACAUUGGUCCAGUUCCCACUUCUUCUGAAUCCAAAUCCUCUCCAAAAGAAGCCUCCUCCUCAACCCCUGCAGCUAAAAAGCCUGUCUCGGCCGAUGCGUACUACCUUUCGGACCUUCCCUCCGCGGCGAUGUACGAGAAAUCCUACACGCACCCGUCCAUCGUGCUGCUCUCCUGCGUCACGCCCCACACCAACUUCCUCUACACCGCCAGCCUCAACGGCAGCGUCAAAAUCUGGAAGAAGUUCCCCAUCGGCAUCGAGUUCGUCAAGCAGUUCUUCGCGCACCAGGCGCGCGUCGUGUCGCUGGUGGCCUCGGCGGACGGCCGCUUCGUGGCUUCCGCGGGGGAAGACAAGCGCGUUGUGAUCUACGACACCGUCGCCUUCGACGUCAUCCAGAUCUUCUCGCUCGCCUUCGUCCCCGGCCCGCUCUGCUGGGCGCACGGGAGCUCGCUGAACGCCCCGCUGCUGGCGAUCAGCGACGCGGAGUCGCACGCGAUCGGCGUGUAUUCAAUCGAAAAGCCGGAGCCGCUCUUCACGUUCCGCUACCACAAACAGCCCAUCGUCGGACUUCUCUUCCAUCCCACGCUCCAUUUCCUCGUCUCUCUCGACCGGAGCGGCGUGUUCGCGUAUUGGGAGCCGCAGGACGGAGCGCUUCCGAAGAAUUCGAUCGAAUUCCGGUUCAUGAUCGCCACGGAUCUUUAUGUGUUCCGGAAGAACAAAGUUACCCCCAUGACGCUCUCCGCGUCGCUCUCGGGCAAUCGCAUGGCCGUGUUUGCGCUCGAUUGGAAGGUACGCAUGUACAUCUUCGGCGUGACGACAGGCAAGCUCUUGCAGACCAUCGACGAAUCGGACGCGGCGUACGAAUCCCUUUUCGCGCAGAACGGGCUUCUCGUCGACGCUUUCCACUUCGCAAAACGUCUAAAACUCGAAGCCACCAUCCGCGAAAAAGUCCCGAUUUUUGGAAUUCCUGAAAUCCAGGCGAUUUCGGAAGGCCUGCAGUCGCCAAUCAACUGCGUCUUCGACCGAAGCGAGCGUUUCGCGGUCUACGGGAGUCCGUUCGGCGUGAAAACGGUUAACAUCGCCACGGGCGAAACCGCGGGAAUCCUGGGCGAAGUGGAGAAAACGGAGCGAUUUCUGCACGUGUCUCUGUUCCAGGGCGUUUCGCGCGUGUCGUCGCAGCUGCAAAUCGGGCUUCGCCGCGAGAAGAAAGAGGCGGGAGCGCUGCUUGCCGGGGCGAGCGAUGUCCCCGCGGGGAAGCGAUUCGCGGGGAGCGUGGAGGAAGCGAGCGACCCGUGCGUGUUCGCGACGUCCUUCGAAAAAAGGCGGUUUUUCGUGUUCUCGCGGCGCGAGCCGGAUACGAGCGAAGAACCGCGGGACGUGAUCAACGAGAAGGAAGUGGCGGAGGCGGAUUUGCUGGAGGAGGAGGGCGCGGAGCCGGUGAAUUUCCUGGCGAAGCGGGUCAUUCUGCGGACGACGAUGGGCGAUAUCGAGCUGGAGCUGUGGAAGGACGUGGCGCCGAAGGCCGUGGAGAACUUCUCGAAUCUGUGCCGAAGCGGGUACUACGAUAACGUGGUGUUCCAUCGCGUGAUCAAAAACUUCAUGAUCCAGACCGGAGACCCCACUGGCACCGGAAGAGGAGGAGAGAGCAUGUGGGGAACGCCGUUUGAGGAUGAGUACGCGAAGGGAGUCGAGUUCGAUAAGCCGUUCUUGCUGGCUAUGGCCAACAGCGGACCCAAUUCGAAUGGAUCGCAGUUCUUUAUCACGACGGCGCCAGCGGCGUGGCUGAAUCGAAAGCACACGAUUUUUGGGAAGGUGCUGAAGGGGCAGAGCGUGGUGAAGGACAUCGAGAGAGCACGUGUGAAGAACGACACGACGUACCGUCCGUUCGAUGACAUGAAGAUCGUCAGCACCGAGACGUACAAAUAA